CGGAAAAUUUCAGGACGUUUUUGGAUGUGGAGAAGAAAUGGAUGCUCAUAAGCCCCACGACAUUAGGUACAGACACAGUAUGGCAGCCUGAUGACAGGACUACACCUGCACGUGGGCCCACUUCAUAUGGAAGAGGAGGGUGAGAGGUGAAUGUCACUAACUGGGACAACAACCAGCCAGACACUAUUCCUUUAACUUUGGAAGAAGGUGCGACCGCUAAUAUCAGGCUCAUCAAGCCAUUGAACUUUGUCGUGCACACCGCUGCGUACGUGUCAACCUAGGGCGCGAAACAGCUAUCAUUACGUAACGGGGGCACAUGUUACGGUACGCAGGACAAAGGUCACGGCAGGUCACGAGGUAGCCCACGCGUAGGAGCGUGAGCACUGUUCACUCCUAGCGCUUGGCUGAUGCGUUGAAGACAGCGGGAGCAGAAGAGACUGCAACUACUGAUGGCGUGUUCAGUGCUUGCUUUCUUGGCCGUUCGAUUCAUGGGUGUCUUGGAAACACAGUGCGAAUAGCGAAGAGCCAGCACCGAACCAUAGAUUCCAGAUGAGCGGACACUAGCUGCUGUCAAAAGGAAGGAGACGAGAAGAAAGUGAAGCAAGUGCUGCUUUGGGGGGGAUUUGCCGAGAGAAGCCAGCAGAGGGAACGGGGAACGGUCUGAAAUUGUGUGCAAGAGAGAUCCUGGAAGCCCCCUCUCCGAAUCGGAUGGAAAGUUGAUUGCGUGGCUUUGAAACCUGCUUCCUUGAACGUGUCGUGGAGUGGAGUUAAUCUCCUGGGCUCGUUUUGUGCCUCCGUCAAAAGCCGCAGCGGCGAAAUAAUUACCUGGGAGAGAUUUGAGGAGCCGCUGUAAACAGGGAUUAAAUUCACUCUUUUUUGGGGGACUGCGUACUCGCUUGGAGUCGACAAGAUCAUUCUCGUUUGACUGAACCGGACGUGUUCCGCUUCGAGAGUCUGGCGAGGGUGGAAAACCCUUUGUCUCGGAAGCGCAGCGUCAAAAGACAUGGUGUAGACGCAUCACCAGCGAAUCCCCGAGCUUGUUAGUGCUUCCAGAGAGUUGCAGUUUGGGUUAGGAGAGUUCGCGAGAGCGAGAAGAAGCAGGUACAGUAGACAGGGUGGUCCGUAAGCAGACGACCAGAAGAAUGCUGUCGAAGUCGUCGUUGGUUGUAGUUUUGUGGGUGGCGGUGGCCCUUUGCACUGGGGGAGCAGCUGGGGAGGAGGAGUCGCUGACGUACACCAUCGAUGAAGAGUCAGAAGUCGACGCCUUUGUUGGAAACGUGGCGCGCGACAGUGAGCUCUACAGCCGCUUCACGCAGGAGGAGUUCCAGAAGCUCAAGUACUCCAUCUCCACGCAGGGCUCCAGCUUCAAGAUCGAUGAAAACACUAGUACCAUCCGCACGGCGCAGGUCCUGGACCGUGAGCACGCCUGCGAGUUCAACAAGCCUUCGGACCCGUGCGAGCUAGAGUUUGAUGUAGGCGUGUACACGUGGGAGCCGAAUCUGUACGACCUACUGAUGAUCGUCCACGUCACCGUCGUGCUGGAAGAUAUCAACGACAACGCCCCGCUCUUUCCCAGCCCCAUGGUGUCCCUCAGCGUGCCGGAAUCCGAGCCUGUCGGUUACAUGCUACUCACCAGCGGUGCUAUGGACAUGGAUACCGGGCCCAACAACUCCAUCCAGCGCUACCAACUCUUGCCGGACAAAGAAAACUUCGAGUUGCAGGUUAUGUCAAGUGUGGACGGCCUCAGCACGGAUCUUGGCCUUGUACUCAGAAAGCCUCUUGACAGGGAAGUCCAGUCUGUUUAUUAUUUACAGGUCAUUGCCUACGAUGGAGGCUACCCACAGCGAUCGGGUUCUGUCAACAUCACCAUCUACGUGCAGGACGUCAACGAUAACCCUCCCAAGUUCUCACAGGUUCUCUUCAACAUCACAGCGGAUGAGAGCGCCAGGGUGGGCGUGCCUAUAGUGCGGCUGACAGCCACCGACCCAGACGCCGGGCAGAAUGGCCAGGUGUCCUUCUACUUCAGUUCCCGCACGUCGCCUAAGAUCCUCGACCAGUUCUCUAUUGAUGAGAACACCGGCGCCAUCAUCUUGCGCGAGGCCCUCGACUUUGAGAAAGAGCGGCGAUUGCAGUUUGUGGUGGAGGCGCGUGACCACGGCUCGCCACCACAGCAGUCACAGGCUGCUGUCAUCAUCAACGUGGCCGACGUCAACGACAACGCUCCCCAGAUUGAGAUCACGCUACCACCAGGGGGCGCCAGCAUUCCCGAGUCCCUGAAGGUCGGCAGCUUUAUCGCACACGUGUCUGUCUCAGACGCCGACUCUGGCCGGAACGGCGAGCUGUCGUGCAAUGUCACCAACAGCCAUUAUCGGCUGGAGCAGUUUUCCGGCUCGCUGUACAUUUAUAAGAUCCUCCUGCAGCGCCGCCUGGAUUACGAGGUGGCGCAUCGCCACGUGGUCAACGUCACCUGCACGGACGCGGGGUCACCGCCAAAGCGCAACUCUACCUCCUUCGUCAUCGAGGUACGCGACGAAAACGACAACGCUCCCGUCUUCACUAAGCCAGAGUACCACAUCAGCAUCCGCGAGAACAACGAGCCCGGCCGCUUCAUCUUCCAGGUGGUAGCCAUGGACCCGGACAGCUACGAAAACGGCAAUGUAACGUACUCGCUUCUGGAGAAUCCCAGCUCUGCCUUCACCAUCGACCCGCUGACGGGCGUCCUGCGAGCACUGAAAUCCUUCGACCGCGAGGAGAAGUCCGGCUACCACCUGGUUGUGCAGGCCAGGGACAGGGGCACCCCGGCCCUCACCUCCACUGCCGUCGUGCACGUCGACAUCGACGAUCAAAACGAUAGUCCCACUCACUUCGCGCAGCCGCACUUCGACUUUUCGGUGGAGGAGCGGCGGCCGGCCGGAACGGUGGUGGACACGCUGCGCGUUAUUGACCGAGACGACAUGGCCGUGGGACAGCUGCAGUUUUCGUUUUUACCGGAGUCCAGUCCACCCCCGGAGUUCCAGAUUGAUGUGUACACUGGGACCAUCACCACCACUCGAGAGCUGGACCGCGAGGGCAGCGAAAACGUGUACCAGUUUCACGUCUACGUGGUGGACGCUGAGAACACGCUCUUCAACGACUCGGCCUCCGUCACCGUUGUGGUCACGGACGCCAACGACCACGCCCCCGUCAUUGCCUUCCCAAACAAGUUCAACAACACCGUGCGCAUCCCUUAUAACAUGCCACCAGGCAGCAUCAUCGCACGGGUGGAGGCCUCGGAUAUGGAUGAGGGUGAGAACGGUACUUUGACCUUCAGCGUGGAGAGCAGCGAGGCUGUAGACGUCUUCUUCAUGAACGGCGUGUCCGGCGAGCUGAUCCUGACUCGCCGCUUGGAGCAUAACGAGGCCAAGACGUACCGCCUGAUGGUGACAGUGCAGGACAGCGGCUACGCAAUCCAGAUGGUCUCGCGCACGCCGCUUAACGUGGUUGUCACCCUCGGCAACGGCAGCUCCCUCUCGCCGCACGCCGACAAGGCCAGCCACAACAUCGCCAUCGUCGUCACGCUCGUCUGCGUCACCAUCGCCUUAGCGCUGGCCGUCCUGACCACCAUCUGUAUCAUCCGCCGUAUCGACCGGGAGCGGAAGCGUCACGCCAGCGCCAAGGCCGUGGAGCAGAACAUCUACAAACAGGAGUCACUGCCGCCGGCCUCCGUGCAGGAGAAGACGCCGGACGUGGAGAACUACGAAAACGAGCUGGAGAAGCUCAAGCGGAAGAUCAAGCGCGAACUGAGCUUUGUCGGGGACGACGAGCAGGACCCCAUGGACUCCUCCUUUACCAACGGCACCUCCGCAUCGUUCUCCACCUUCAAAAACACUACCUCUGAUCUGCGGCCGACCACAAGAAUCUGUCGGGUCCGCAAGCGUCAAGCUCGGUUCUGCACAACACGUUGUCGCCGGAGAGCUCGGCGGUGGGUAAGCGUGUUCACUACGCGGACAAGCUGCACGAGUUCAGCCGCCUGACCACCGACCCCGCCUGCCGACCCCGCGCAUCCUCACCACCGGCACAGCAGCCGCUGGCCACCUGGACAGCUCAGCCCUCGUCCAGAGCUGUUGGGAGCGGGCUGGCGGUGAACGCUGGUGAAGAUGCGGGCAGCCACACUUCCGGAAGUACGAGCGACAGCGGCCGAGGAGGCAGCAGCGAGGAUGACGCGCACAGUCCUGCUGGGGUGUGCUUGGCCACGGAGUCGGUUGCGAGCCGCUCGUGCUUUGUGUAGCCAGUGCAGCUAGCGCCCUGUGGCCGGCUGCUUGCUGUCCAUGUGCCAGAGUACGUGAACAGCCCACGCAGUUACCAUAGCAACCAGAGUCUUUCAACCUUUCGUGGGCCUGGUGGCAGUGACAGCAUGUCUACAUUGCCUGCUGGCGUUUCCAUGAGCAACAGCCCCUGUUCCUC